AUGCCUUGGAUUAUUUUUGGUGACUUUAAUACAGUCUUAUGUAAUGAAGAGAAACUUGGAGGAUCACCAGUAACUGACUCUGACACAUUGGAUUUUAGAUCUUUCAUUGAUGACUGUCAACUUUGUCAUAUGAAAACUUUAGGGUGUUUUUUCACAUGGAACAAUAAGCAAGACCCGGAUACAAGAGUUUGGAGCCGUUUAGACAGAACUCUUAUAAAUGAUAACUGGAUUCAACAGCUAAAUUCUAGUCAUGUGGAGUUUAUGGUUCCCAGGCUAUCUGAUCAUUCUCCUGGCAUAAUCUCAGUUUAUGAAGACUGCUCUUAUGGUAAAAAGCCAUUCAGAUUUUUUAAUAUGUGGACGAAGCAUGCUGAUUUUCUACCCACUGUGUCUCAUAUUUGGCUUUCUCAAAUCAAUGGAUUCCACAUGUAUUCUGUCUGCACAAAGCUAAAAAGGUUGAAAGGAGCUUUGAAGUCCUUGAAUAGAAGACACUUUUGUAAUAUAAGUGAGCAAGUCAUAAGAGCAAAAAUUGAGAUGGAGAAAAUUCAAAAGAAACUUCAAGAUGAUCCCCUCAAUCCUACAUUUAUCUGUCAAGAAAGGAAAUCUAUUGCUCUAUAUAACAAACUCUUGGAUCAUGAAAUUUCUUUCUAUCAGCAGAAAGCAAUAACUGCCUGGAGUAUUCAAGGUGACAGAAAUACUGCACUUUUCCAUUCUGCUAUUAAAGCAAACAUGCACAACAAUAGAGUCUCAAUUCUCUAUAACAGCCAUGGAGAUAGGCUUACUGAUGGUGAAGAGAUAGUAAAAGAGUUUGUCUCUUAUUACAAAAGUCUAAUGGGGACUACAAUUCAUACUGUUAAACCUGAUAAACAUAUCAUACAAAAUGGAGCAUGUCUGAAUUCUAGUCAAGCAAGGGAACUAUCUAAACCAGUCAAAAGUGAAGAAAUUAGAGCUGUCAUCUUCUCAAUGCCUGAUAAUAAGGCCCCAAGCCCGAUGGGUUUAAUGCUUAUUUUUACAAAUCUGCAUGGUCCAUCAUUGGGGAGGAUAUUACUUUAG